AUGUCAUUUACCAUACUUUGCUCAUUUGUGUUAACAUUUUACGUUAUAAUAUGGUUUUUUGACUCAUUUUUCAAGAGCUGUAUGCACUAUCCUUACUACGCUUUCUUGGAGGGGACCGGCUUAAAAGUAGGAAUAUUAAGUUUUUCUUGGACAACCACUGCAUUUAACAGAUUUAUAUACCGGUGGAGCAAGAAUCUUACUAGAGUAUUACGAAAAUGGUUUAACGUGGGCUACAUUUUUACAAUAGGUCUAUUUUUACCGUUCGCACUGUGGACUCUGCUCUCAUUUAUUUUUGAGCAUUUUUAUGACUCGAUACAAAUAAAUAAUGUGCUCGAGGUGAAGGCCAUGUUACCUGGUGUUAACAUACCUGCUUCGGAUUUCUGGGUUUACUUCAUAGCUAUUGGCUGUAGCUCUAUAUUUCAUGAGCUCGGUCAUGCAGUUGCUGCAUCUCAGGAAGACGUUCAAUUAGUUGCUGUUGGCGUCUACGUCUUUGCCAUAAUACCUCUAGCGUUUGUACAAUUAAAUACAGAGCAUCUCAACAGUCUCAGUAUAACGAAAAGACUGAAAAUAUACUGUGCCGGAGUCUGGCACAAUGUAACACUUGCAUUUGUAGCUCUCCUUCUAUUUUUCUCAGCACCAAUUCUAUUCAGUAUUGCUUACCAAACAGAUAUUGGAGUCAGAGUAACGGAGCUCACAGAUGAUUCUCCGUUAAAAGAUGUUAGGGGUUUAGAAGUUGGAGACACUGUGACAUCUAUUAAUGAUUGUCAUAUCAAGAAUGCAAAAGAUUGGUCAUACUGUCUGCAUGUAGCCCAUGAUCGUUUUGGUAUUUGUACUAGUGCGGAAUACAUAGCACAGAAUGAUGAAAUUAUGAUGGAGACAAUAAAAGAUAAUGAUGUUGUUGAAUGUUGUCGAAAGAACGAAUUGUACAGUUUUUGUUUUGAAUACAUGGAACCUAAAGCUGUCGUAGAUUCAGUGCUGCCAGGACAAUAUUCCUGUUUAAAGCCUAGAGAUAUGGUAAAGGAUAAACUAAUAAAAUGUACGGAACCUAAUGGUUACACUUGUCCUAGAAAUAUGCACUGUUUGAAACCAUCACUGAAUAAUCAUACAUACCUCAUAAUAAUAGAAAGACAAGAUAAUAAUGCAGUCCUUUAUUUAGGUCUACCUUAUGAUGUACACAAAACAGUUUUCAUUGAUCAGUAUUUCCCGAGAAGUGCAAUAAUUUCAUUUUUCUCUCCAUCUCAAUUUGAGAAGCUUUUACGAUACAUAUUUAUAUUUUCUUUAGGAAUAGGAUUUUUAAAUGUACUACCUUGUUAUGGUACAGACGGACAUCAUAUUGCCAGAAGUAUCAUACAAUGGCUAGCAAAAUACUUCAAUAAAAAUGGUGAUUUUAUUACAUUCUUUACCGUUUUUACUGUAGUUGUAGGAACUUGCAUCACUGUUCCCAUAUUAAUUUAUUUAUUUUAUAAAGCAAUAUUUAUUGAUAAAUAUUAAA